AUGGGGUCAAUACAGCUCUCAGCAAGUCUCCCAGGAAUCAGGAAGACUAUAUCAGCAAGACCUGUGGUAAUGAGAGAGAAGGGCUCAUCGGAGGUGUUAAACCAACUCUAUGAUACAGCCAUGGACAAGCUGGAGGGUGUGAAGAAGGAGUACGAUGCUCUGAGCAAGCGCUACAGCGAGAAGGUGGCCAACCACAACACAGACCUGAGUCGCCUGGAGCAGGCGGAGGAGGAGAAUCGGCGGCUGCAGAAGCAGAUGGACGCACUGCUCAAGCAGCGCGAUUCAGCCAUGCACUACCAGCAACAGUACUCCACGUCAAUGAGAAGGUUCGACUCAGUGCAGCAGGAGCUGAACAAGUCGUCGGCCCAGAACAAGGAGCUUCAGAGGGAGAUGGAGCGUCUCCAGUCGGAGGUGACGCGUUAUAAGAACUUGCAGCUUAAAUCAGCCAAGGACUGUGAGAAGUACAAGGAGGAGAGGGACUCAGUUUUCAAUGAGUAUCGUCUCAUCAUGAGCGAGAGGGACCAGGUGAUCAAAGAGCUGGACAAGUUACAGACGGAGCUGGAGGCGGCCGAGGCCCGACUGAAAAACACCUCCUCUGAAAGAGUGGUGGCCAGUGAGGAGCUGGAGGCGCUCAGACAGGAGUUGAACUCGUCACUGGUGGACCGCGACAGGGCCAUCUGUGAGAGGAACGAACUGCUGGAGAAGUACUGCCACGAGGUGAAGGACAAGGCCGAGGCCCAGAAGGAGCUGAGCCAGGCCUGCAAGGACAUCGAGACGGUGCGGGAGGAGAGGGACGUGGCUCGCAAAGAGAGGACGGAGGCCAUCAUUCAAAGGGAUCAGUUGCUCCGAGAGUACUAUCAGGCCAGACAGAAACAAGACUCUGCCACCCUGGACAUGGAACGAGCCAAUAAGGAGAUUGAGAUGCUGAGGAAACAGUACGAGGCCAUGUCGCAGGAACUGAAGGAGGCCACACAGGAGGCUGAGGUGGCCAAAUGUCGACGGGACUGGGCCUUCCAAGAGAGGGACAAGAUAGUGGCGGAGAGGGAGAGCAUCAGGACUCUGUGCGAUAACCUACGACGGGAACGGGACCGGGCAGUCAGCGACCUGGCUGAUGCCCUGCGAAAUCUGGACGACAUGAGGAAACAGAAAAACGAUGCGCUGCGAGAGCUGAAAGAACUAAAGGAGAAGAUGGAGAGCCAGCUGGAGAAGGAGGCCCGUUUCUGUCAGCUAAUGGCCCACAGCUCUCACGACUCAGCCAUCGACACAGACUCCCUGGAGUGGGAGACAGAAGUGGUGGAGUUUGAGAAAGACAGGGACAACAUGGAUUUGAAGGCACUUGGGUUUGAUAUCACUGAGGGGGUAAAUGAUCCGUAUUUACCAGGAGAUUGUGGAAUAUUUGUUACAAGGGUGGAUAAAGGAAGUAUCGCAGAUGGAAGGUUAAGAGUGAAUGAUUGGUUGUUGAAGAUUAAUGACAUAGACCUGACCAAUAAGGACAGGAAGCAGGUGGUGAAGGCUGUCCUCAGUGGUGGGGGAUCGAUUAACAUGGUGGUACGAAGGAGGAAGUCUCUGGGAGGACGGCUGGUCACUCCUGUUCACAUCAACCUUGUGGGGCACAAAGACUGCGGUAUUGGUCUGGAGAGCGGCGUGUUCGUCACUGCUAUCGUCCAGGGCAGCCCUGGAGCCAGGGAAGGUUCCCUGACAGUUGGUGACAGACUGAUUGCUAUAAACGGCAUUGCUCUGGAUAACAAAUCUGUGACAGAGUGCGAGGCUCUGCUGAGGAGCUGCAGGGACUCUCUGAGCCUCUCUCUCAUGAAGUUCUUCCCUCACAGCACAUCGGGCCAGAACAUCUUUGAGAGUCUGCGUGAGUCAUCAGAAAAGUCCAAUGGGCGCCUGCACCUGUCAGAGGUCCACUCCCGGAACAGUCGCAACCUCAAACACAACAGCUCGACGCAGACUGACAUCUUCUGCCCUGACGUUGGCAGCACUAGCACAGGGAGCAUCUCCGGGGAGAGGAGGAAGGUCAGAGGUGAAUCUGAUGAGGUGUACGGCGACAUCAGCAGGCCGUUCUCCACAGGUUCCCUCCACGCCACUAGCCUCCGACCUGCCUCUGACUUGGGCACUGGCCGCUACGGGCCCAGUGCUUUCCAGGAGUGCUGCCCAUACACAAAGGCGCCUUCCUCCUUGCCCUUUGACCCUGUCUCGGCCUCGGACUGCAUUACAAUGGAGACGACCCUGGAGAAGAAGCACAGCGGGGGCACAUGGCCCAAGAUGAUGGUGGGAGGUAUGUCAGUUGCACCAGAUAACACCAGUCCGGUCACAGCAGCAGCCCAGCUCUCCAUCUACAAAUCGCCCAAGCAGAGGAAGUCCAUCUUCGACCCAGACACUUUCAAACGUCCCGAAACACCUUCCUCUAAGAUGGAGUACAUGGCGGCCAAUCAGAUUGCAGCAGUAGCCGCCGCUGCUGCAGCAUCCCACUCUCCCCAGCCUUCGAAGACAGAGUCGCUCUCCUCCUCAUCCACCCCUACCCCAACACCUCCGACCCCACCCAAUCGCAGCGACUCCUUUAAAUUCAAACACAAACAUCAAAGCAGCUCUGCCUCUGACUGCACCAUCACCUCAGAUGGAAAGGGAGAGGCUGUCAUCUCCAUGGCAGCGGCAGAGGGCAGAGAGAGGAGCGAGCGGGAAAGAGACAGGAACGGGAACCACUAUUUCCUGGACGGCAAGGUCCUGACAUCGAGGAAGUCGUGUGACGAGGACAUCGGCCGUACCAGGGGAGAGGAGCCGGAGGUGAAAAGGCCGCGCCCUAAAUCUGCCCCUGCCCUCCGACGGAGGAUGACCCCCCAGACCAUCAAUUUCCCCACCUUCCAAAGCUACUCUAACGAUGAGCAUUCGCCGGAGCCCAGGGACAUGCUGCGCUCGUCUCCCAGCCGCUCCCACAGGCACAGCGUGGGCUUCGUCCCCACAGUCUACAAUGGCACCCUACCUCCGAAUUCAGCCCACCGGGGACUGUCUCCUUGCCCCGCCGUGACUGCAGUGAUGAGGAAUCCGGUGUACACCGUGCGCAGUCACCGCGUUCACACCAGCAACUGUCCAUCCGUCGCCUCCCAGAUCUGUCACCAGCACACCCACACCAGCCCCCAACACCAGGGUCGUCUGAGCCUGGACCUGAGCCAGCAGAAGCGAACAGGCGACUACUCGGAAUCCUCGUCAUCACGUAGCAGCAGAGCUUCACACGGUUCUUCCAAUAACGUCCAAUACCGCACAGAGAGGAUCAAAAUCCCUUCUACUCCGCGCUAUCCUCGCUCCAUGCUGGGGUCAGACAGAGGCUCCCUCUCGCACUCCGAGUGUAGCAGCCCGAGUCUCAUCACACCUCCGCAGUCUCCGCUCAAUCUGGAGACAUCCUCAUUCGCCAGCAGCCAAUCACAAGGCUCCAUUUCCACUUUACCUCGGAUCUCAGUCAGCCCUUUGCCAAUAGGGGAGCGCAGGAAAGACAGGCCGUACCUGGAGGAACCCCGCAAUGUCAUCGUGCACAAAGGUGCAGAGCCUCUCGGCAUUUCCAUCGUCAGUGGGGAGAAUGGAGGAAUCUUUGUCUCGAAAGUUACAGGAGGAAGCAUCGCCCACCAGGCAGGACUGGAAUAUGGAGAUCAGUUACUGGAGUUCAAUGGCAUCAACUUGCGGAACGCUACAGAGCAGCAAGCUCGUCUCAUCAUCGGUCAGCAGUGUGACACCGUCACCAUUAUGGCCCAGUACAACCCACACAUGUACCAGCUGGGCAACCACUCCCGCUCCAGCUCCCGUCUGGAGCCAGUCAGUACACAGUCAACCCCACAGGGUAGUGGGGCCGCCACCCCCGACAAUCACUCCACCAUCGAUACACUCAGCGAACAGGACGAGGGCACGCUCACUCCAUCCUCCAAGCAGACCACACCCACUACAAGCCCCCACAACUUUAUCAGAAUGCCGUCUGAAGGCAGCAGGAAGGUGGGCGAUCCGCGGCUUGUGACGGUGUGUAGGCCUGGAGUGGAAGUGGGAGUCACACUCUGUGGAGGAAACUUAAGGGGCGUCUUCAUCGAGAGCCUGGACGAGGACAGUCCUGCCAGAGGCCCAGAUGGACUGCUAACUGGGGACCUUAUUUUAGAGUAUAACUCGGUGAAUAUGAAGAAUAAGACGGCGGAGGAGGUGUAUGUCGAGAUGCUGAAGCCUGCAGAGAUGGUCACGUUAAAGGUGCAGCACCGGCCAGACGACUUCAGUAUGCUCAAAGAUGUUCCAGGAGAUGGCUUUUAUAUUCGAGCACUUUACGACCGGGUCGGGGAGGCGGAGGUGGACCUCACUUUCAAGAAGGAUGACAUCCUGUACGUGGAUGAGUCUUUACCAAAGGGCAGCUUCGGGACCUGGAUGGCCUGGCAGCUAGACGAGAACGCACAGCAGAUCCAGAGGGGGCAGAUCCCCAGCAAGUACAUGAUGGACCAAGAGUUCUACCGCAGACACAGUGUGACAGAAAUGAAGGAAGACUCCAGUAAGACUCUGUCUGCAGCGGCUCGCAGAUCUUUCUUCAGGAGGAAACAGAAACACAAACGUAGCAGCUCUAAAGACAGCAAAGAGAUGGUGGCUCUGGAUGCAAUCAGCACAGACUCCAUCCCCUUCCUGGAUGACUGCGUGAGCUUGGCAUACCAGCGGGUCCAGAAGGUGGAGUGCGCCUCUCCUCGACCGGUACUCGUCCUCGGGCCGCUCACAGACCCCGUCAAGGAGAUGCUGGUCAAAGAGUCUCCUGGGAAGUUCUGCAGAUGUGUACUGGAGGUGAUGAAGGCAUCCCAGCAAGCCAUCGAGCGUGGCGUCAAAGACUGCCUCUUCAUCGACUACAAGCGCAGGAGUGGCCAUUUCGACGUGACCACUGUUGCGUCUAUAAAGGAAAUCACAGAUAAGGGUUGUCACUGUUUGCUUGACAUCGCUCCGCACGCCAUCGAACGGCUCCACUGCGUUCACAUUUAUCCGAUUGUUGUCUUUGUCCGCUACAAAAACGCCAAGCAGAUUAAGGAGCAGAAAGAUCCGGUUUAUCUGCGGGACAAAGUAUCUCAAAAACAUUCCAAGGAGCAAUUUGAAAGUGCACAGAAGAUAGAGCAAGAAUACAGCAAAUUCUUCACAGGUAUUGUCCAAGGCGGCACCCUCCCUUACAUUUGCACUCAGAUCAUGACGAUAGUUGAUCAAGAACAAAGUAAAGUCCUGUGGACUCCACUCGGCUGCCCCUAGAGGAGACCGGCUGCCACUACAUUAAGCUGCGGCUUCUCAUCUCCAUUCCCCGAACACUAAUUAACCCUCUCACACGAUACCAGUAGGUACCCUACAGCCAGCUAGUUAUGUAAAUUAUUGAUAUUUUUUAUUUUGUCUUUGUUAUGGUUUAUAAUCAGAGCCUGUUUGAUUUCUGAUGUACUCCGGAGCAGGUUAGUAGCACUGGAUCUCCACGUUAAAGUUCAUUGAGUCUUCCCUAAGGGUUUCUGGUGGUGUAUUUGUAAUGCUGCAAUCGUAAGCAUCCGUUUACAGUCAAAAGACGAGUCUAACUAUUGAUGUUCAAUAUAUGCUUGAAUGCGUGUCCCUCCCCUUUGUGUACGCAAACCUCAACACUAAUGAAGUUCAGCCACCCCCGACCCACCCCGUGUAGCAAAUGACGUUUUGUGGUUUCCCCGACAAUUAUGCACCCGUUUGACAACGACUGACAACUAAUUGUGUUUGCUUGUCUUUGUGCGUGAGUGUUUUUUCGCGUGUGUGUGUGAGAGAGAGAGAGAAAAAAGCAUUGAGACUGUUUGUUCAGAAUUGUAAUGACAAUUUCAGUUCAGUGGAACCAUGGUUGUUUGUUAGUGCAAAUACGAUGCUAUAGAAAUCGAAUGCCAGGACCAGACAUCACAUUCCCUGUGUUGUCAACGUGCAAAAGCAUCAAACCUCUCGACGUAUGUAGCUACCGAACAUCAUCACUGCCAGCAGCAACGACCAUGAAAACUCCAAACACAGCGAUGUUUGCUCUAUGCAUUGUGUCUCUAUAGUAGCCGGGUGUGUGGACAGUUUAUAUGGGCCUUUCGGAAGUGCCUUUGGAGAGGAAGCCUGAUCUGAAACCAGCCCCUGCUCACGUAGCCAGAACGUCAAGAAACAUUUUCUGAAAAAGUCUCUUGAAGAUGCGAUCUGUCACUUCAACAUGGACUCGAUGAUGAUUCAGGGGCUGAUUUUAGACCAGCACAGUGCAUGACAAUGGCAAAGUUUUGAGGGUGGGCCGUAGUGUCGGCCAACGGGUUAACUCCUCAGAAUGCACUCCAGGGCUAGACAGACCACUGUGUAACUAUCAUUCUAUCUCUUUAACAUAUAUUUAACAACAAUAUAGAGUAUAACAUAUACAAUAUGCAGAUACAUCAGAAAAACACACACACGCACAUACAGUAUAUAGAUCUAUAAAUAUAUAUAUAUAUAUAUUACAUGUAUUUUCACUAGGUCGUACGCCUAGGAUCGUUUGGCAGUCGAGUCGUGUCUUAGCAGGUAUUAGCAUGUUUUUUCUUUUUAUUUAUUUUCUGUUUUUAUUUUUUGUGGUUGGUUGUCAGUCACUUAUUGAUGUACUCAUUAAAAGAGACACUAUGAAGCAAAAAUUGCAGGGUAAUAUCUUAAAGGAUUUUCCUCUGAUCCGUUUAAAUGUUAGUGACUUUUUCAUUAUUAUUUAAUUGUAUUUUCUAUUCAGGAGGCAAAAAAAUAAAAUACUGACAAAAAUAUUCUGCCCUUCCUCGCAACCAUAUCCUGUAUCUUAUUGUGCCAAAACCCACUACGGCGACUUUAUCCUUUUUAUUUCUGUUUUGCACUUGUUUAUCUGUGAACCUUAAAAACAUGUAUCUGCUCCUAGGUUUCCAGUAGACUAUAUAGGUACCAUAAUUUCUACUGUAACUAAUUCACAUUUUAUGUAUCACAUCAGUUCCUUACAUUUCAUUUAUGGCCUUUUUGUUCUUUCAUAGGAAGAAAAAAGGAUCACUUCUUAUUUGAAUUAUUAAAAAGGGAUCUAUUCUUGCACAGUUUUUUUCAAAGGAAAAUUAGUCCACAAGUUUGACUACUGGGCUAAAAAGAGUAAAGCAGAAGCAAACUGUAAUGUUACUAUUUUUCUGAGUAGAUAGCAAAUGUUAGCGAGCAAGCGAGAGAGUGUGGGAUACAACGUGAACUAGUUGUAUUUAGAGAAAGAAUCAAGACGCCAGGUACUGAUUGAACUUUUCUUUUGUUAGAAAGAAUGUGAUUUGUAUGUUGAGACAUUAACAUGAGAAUAAAGCUCAUUUUCUGU